GCCGCCCGCUCGCUGGUUCAGCUGCGCGUCCACGCCGUCUGUCCUUAUAUAAAUAAUACCUAUACAUCCCAGUUUGGAUAAUUUUCUCGCUGUGCCUACAAGUGUUAAAUAAUAUAUAUAUAAAUAUAUCUGUGUGCAUUUAAAAUAAGUAAAGAAUUCUAGCAAGCAAAUUGCCCAAGUGCCAUAAACGCAAUCCCAUAAUACCCGUUAACGGGCUCAUUUGGAAAACCUUUCCGGCAAAAACACAAAAAUCGUUCGGCCGCAACACAUUUAGGUUUAUGUUGUUUAAAAUCAUCAACUCGAAGAAAAAAUGUGCUAGCAGUUAAGGCGCCCAUUUAGUUUGCUUCUCUCGCCAAACGGAGCUUUCCUAUUGGGAUUUAUCGACGGUGGCCAAACUGCAACAGUUCCAGCGGCAAAACGGAUAGCUGCCAGAGAUAUAGCCAAAACGUGUGCCAUGAAGGAGAAAAGCAAAAAUGCGGCACGCACGCGACGUGAAAAGGAAAACACGGAAUUCUGCGAAUUGGCCAAAUUACUGCCGCUGCCAGCGACGAUUACUUCGCAACUGGACAAGGCCUCCGUCAUCCGGCUGACCACAUCGUAUUUGAAAAUGCGCCAAGUCUUUCCCGAUGGCCUCGGCGAAGCAUGGGGCUCCUCGCCCUCCAUGCAACGCGGUGCCACCAUCAAGGAGCUGGGCUCCCAUCUGCUGCAGACGCUGGACGGAUUCAUCUUCGUGGUGGCUCCGGAUGGCAAAAUCAUGUACAUCUCGGAAACGGCCUCCGUGCAAUUGGGGCUCAGUCAGGUUGAGCUGACGGGCAACUCGAUAUUCGAGUACAUUCACAACUACGAUCAGGACGAGAUGAACGCCAUUUUGUCGCUGCAUCCGCACAUCAACCAGCAUCCAGCCGCCUUUCUCAACUCCCUACAGCUCGCCCAGACGCACACGCCCAUCGGCAGUCCCAAUGGCGUCCAGCACCCAUCCGCCUACGACCACGAUCGCGGAUCGCACACCAUCGAGAUCGAGAAGACAUUCUUCCUGCGCAUGAAGUGCGUCCUGGCCAAGAGGAACGCGGGCCUCACCACCUCCGGAUUCAAGGUGAUACACUGCUCCGGCUAUCUGAAGGCUCGCAUCUAUCCCGAUCGCGGGGAUGGACAGGGCAGCCUCAUCCAGAAUCUCGGCCUGGUGGCCGUCGGUCACUCGCUGCCUUCAUCCGCCAUCACGGAAAUCAAGCUGCACCAGAACAUGUUCAUGUUCCGGGCCAAGCUGGACAUGAAGCUCAUCUUCUUCGAUGCACGCGUAUCGCAGCUAACCGGAUACGAGCCGCAGGACCUCAUCGAGAAGACCCUGUAUCAGUACAUCCACGCCGCGGACAUCAUGGCCAUGCGCUGCUCCCAUCAAAUCCUGCUGUACAAAGGACAAGUGACCACCAAGUACUACCGCUUCCUCACCAAAGGCGGCGGCUGGGUGUGGGUGCAGUCGUACGCGACCCUGGUGCACAACUCGCGAUCCUCGCGAGAAGUGUUCAUCGUGAGCGUGAACUACGUGCUGAGCGAACGAGAGGUGAAAGACUUGGUGCUGAACGAGAUUCAGACGGGCGUUGUGAAGCGGGAGCCCAUAUCGCCGGCGGCCCAAGCGGCACAGGCGGCACAAGCGGCUCAAGCGGCACAGGCGGUGCAGGCGGCACAGGCGGCUCAAGCGGCCCAGGCGGCCCAGGCGGCACAUGCGGCGCAAGCGGUGCAGGCCCAGGUGGUGGUGGUGCCCCAGCAGUCGGUGGUGGUGCAGCCGCAGUGCGCCGGAGCAACGGGUCAGCCGGUGGGUCCCGGAACGCCAGUUAGUCUGGCCCUCAGCGCGAGUCCCAAGCUGGAUCCCUAUUUCGAGCCGGAGCUGCCGCUGCAGCCAGCCGUCACGCCCGUGCCCCCAACGAAUAACAGCAGUAGUAGUAGCAACAACAACAACGGCGUGUGGCACCACCAUCAUGUGCAACAGCAGCAGCAACAGCAGUCCGGGAGCAUGGAUCACGACAGCCUGAGCUACACGCAGCUCUAUCCUCCGCUGAACGACCUGGUGGUGAGCUCGAGCAGUAGCGUGGGAGGAGGCACCGCUUCCAGUGCGGGCGGUGGAUCCAGUGCGUCUGCCUCGUCCUCCGGCGUUUACUCGACGGAGAUGCAGUAUCCGGACACGACCACCGGCAAUCUGUACUACAAUAACAACAAUCACUACUACUACGACUACGAUGCCACGGUGGACGUGGCCACCUCGAUGAUACGGCCAUUCUCGGCCAACUCGAAUAGCUGCUCGAGCAGCUCGGAGAGCGAAAGGCAGCUGUCCACCGGGAAUGCGUCCAUUGUGAAUGAGACAUCGCCCUCGCAGACGACGUACAGCGAUCUGAGCCACAACUUCGAGCUGAGCUACUUCUCCGACAACAGUUCGCAGCAGCAUCAGCACCAGCAGCAGCAGCAGCAUCUGAUGGAGCAGCAGCACCUGCAAUACCAAUACGCCACCUGGUGAUCCUAAAUGCUAAAUGUAAAUACCAAAAGUCGGACGACGAGCCUUGACUGCUACUGUACUGUACUGUUGUUUAUAAAACGUCGACUCCCCCCCUCCCCCUCCCUCGCCCCAUCCGUUGCAAUGUUAUAUACACCUCUGAGUUCUCAGUUCCAAAUUGUAAUAUUUGUAAUAAUUGUAAUAUGUGGCUGAGCCACACACCAUCUGAAUUUCUCCUCCAUGCCCCCUUAUUUAUUGAAUACCCCAUGCAUCCCCGAUACGAUGUGCAUCGUGUUACUUGUGCAGUGUAGAGUUACAAAUGAAAAAGGAGGCAAACUGCAAGCGAAUUAAGAGUCAAAGAAAGAAAUACGGAAUGAUCCUUGUUAACAAAUGCAAAAGCAAAUACAAAUUCUAUAAUAAAUAGCUGUAAGGCCUAAUUGUAAACUGUUCAUACAAACUAACUUAAAUUAAUUGCACAUACUUACACUUAACUGUAUCGUAAAGCGCAUACACUUGGCCCCCAUAAUCAUCAUGCAUACAUAUAUAGGAUCUACGAAUAUAUAUCCAUGUAUAUAACUGUGCGAUAAUGUGUAAAUAGUGCUGGGUCCGCUCCACUAUGCAGAUAACGAAUAUGAUCUUCAUAAGUCAAGUAAAUAAUUGUAAAUGUAAAAUUGAUUAUUAUCGAGAAUUUUUCUAAUUUGAAUAAACAAAUUAUUACGUGGGUGAACAAUAAAAAUAGAGCCAGAGUUCGAUUUUUUCAAUAAGCGCCGCUGGAAGCCUCUAGAGUUAUUAUUUAAUUUAGUAAUCUUGCUUUACAAAUAAAAUGUUGAUUUCAAAAAUUAGCCUCUAAA